CCAAGAAAUCCCCCACCAAAAUCGGCAGUGUAGGAGAACCGUUAGAAAUUAGCGACCCGCUGUUCUGAUAAGCGAUGGCUACUCUGUCCGUCCUGCAGGGGUCAGUGUUACCAUGGUUUUAUUACCUAAUUUUCUUGCUGCUGGUCUUAUCUCAAAAAUCUGCUUGAUUAAAUGCACGCUAUCAAGGCUGUAGACAGGACAACGAAAACAAUCAGACAAUGGAAAAAAGAAUUAAGAAAAAGCCUCAAAGAUUCGGAGAAUGGGAAGAGAACGUAAACUUUAGGCAUGAGCAGAGAAAUCAAGAGAAAUUGUGGGAAGUUGAGGACAUACUAGAUGUGCGUGGAGCGAACGGGGACAAAGAGUAUCUUGUGAAAUGGAAAGACUGGAAUGGUCCGGAUACAUGGAUCUCGGCCGAGCACAACCCUGAACUCCAAUCAUUUGUCGGGAGAAAUAUAAACAACCCCAAUUCUUGCAUACUAAAUAGGGACAUAUUAGACCUUCCGAAGUCUGACGACAAUAUGGAAAUCUUGUCUCUAAAACAAUCCAUUUUUGACAGUCUUGCGGAUGUAAGGUAUACCCCGGAAGGCAGCAUAGGACACCAAUUCAGAAUCACUGUGAAAGUACCAAUUUCUGCUGAAACGUUUUCUGCCACUUUCCGUGAGGAAAUUCGAAAGAUUCCCAAGGACAAUGGAAAUGUUGAUUGUAACCUCACAGUAGAUGAGGUUUCAUUAAUCCUUGGCAAUAAUUGGAUGAAACGAGGAUACAAGACGUCAACAGAAACAUAUGUCUCAGAACGGGAAUAUGUCCACAUAUGGUGGGGAUAUAAGGCCAGGCAACAAUAUUGCCACAAAAAACUGUGCAAGGUAUUAUAUAGUCACUUUCAAUAUGUAGCUGAGCUGGCAUGGAAGAGGAACGUCCUCAAACAUGCACACCAACCAUCACAAACAUCCUUGGUCCUGCUUGGAUUUAUUUUACCUUCACUAGGUCGAGGAGGAAUAGAGUUACUGGAGAUGUAG